AUGAAUCCAGUUGAUGAUGAAAUAUUCACGUCUGAUUUAGAUCUACUUGAAUCAAUGAAGCAAUAUCUUCUAAGUGAUAUCGAUUUUUUUGAAUUUUUUUCGCCCUCAAGCAACGUUGAAUUACCUAAUAGUCCUCCUGCCUCAAGUUUUGGUAGCGUUGGUAACACAUUCCUUGUGGAAACAACACCGACCAAGGACCCAAAGCGGGGCCCAGUGGUGGCGCGUGAUGAUGUUCAUCACGCGCCAGAAGAUGAUUGGAGGAGGUAUAUUGGAGUGAGACGGAGGCAAUGGGGGACGUUCGCGGCGGAGAUAAGAGAUCCAAAUAGGAGAGGCUCAAGGUUGUGGUUAGGAACAUAUGAGACCCCAAAAGAUGCGGCUUUGGCUUAUGAUGAAGCCGCAUUCAAAAUACGAGGCUCUAAGGCUCGGCUUAAUUUUCCUCACUUAGCUGGCUUAGAUAUUUCUAAGCCAGCUAGAGUAAAGGGAAGUCGUCGUUCAUCUUCUCCCUCAUCAUCAUCAUUAUCAUCGUCAAAAAAUGGGGCAAGGAAAAGAAGAAUAGAUGUGAUAAAUUCAAUAGCUAAAGCUAAGUUAGUUUGUCAUAGCUUAAUUAAAUUUACAAAUGUUGGUAUAACUAUGAGUAAGGAAAGAAGUUGCUUUUCUUCAGGUUUGCACUUGUGAUUUCUCCGUUCUCUUUCAUUGUCAUUUUCUAAUGAAAUUGUAUUUUCAUUACUUA